AUGAUGGAGCCGAUCCAACAGCAGCGAAGGCGCCGCUCACGCCCCACGUGCUCCUGGCAAAGCCGCAGAGAAAAGGUGAUGCUAUGCGCCUGCCUCGGACUCGGCGCGCAAAGCAUCGUCCCCGCCGCCGAAGCCUGGGUACCCGCGGCGCCGGCGCUGCAUGUGCAGCAGCGGGGCCGAGUAGCACAGCCACCAACGAAAACAAUGCACGUCGGAGGAGGAGGAGGAGGAGGAGAAGGAGGAGCAUUUUCGUACCACCACCCCUCGCAAGGUAGUAACAGAUUGGGGGGGCAGCAGCAGCAGCGGCAACGCUGUCGGCGACUGGCGUUCGCACCGAUCAGCAGCCAAGCGUGGGGAAUCGAAAGGACGUUCGGACAGUCGGCCCUCUCAUCGCGCUGGACGGGGCAAGGAGUGGUAGGCGCUAACAACAACAACGCCGCCGCCGGGGGGAGGAGGAGGGGGGGGGUGAUGAUGUCGAUGGCGGAGGAGGACAGCGGGACGGAGAGCCAGGGCUACAACGCGAUGCUUGGAGCGGUCGCGCUCGCCGGCCUGGGCGCGUUGUACUACGGGCUGCACGACCACACCCUCGGUGGCGGCGGCGGCGCCAACCUCGCCGGUCUCGGCACCGACACGGGCGGCCCCUUCUCGGCCUAUGCGGCCUCCGUCGAGUCCGCCGUCGAGACCGCAAAGGCCGGGCACAGCGCCGCCAGCACCGCGGUGCAGGCUUUCCUCUCGAGCAGCAUCACCAAGGUGGAGGAGCUGGGGCCGCUGGGCGUCGUGUACUUCGGGCUGCUGUACGUCCUGGCUGAGGUGCUGAUCAUUCCCGCCAUCCCGCUCACGGCGGCGGCGGGAUUCCUGUUCGGGGCGGCCGGGGGCACCGCGGUGGUGCUCACUAGCGCGACCAUCGCGGCGGCGAUUUCUUUCCAGCUCGGACGCACGCUGUUGAGAGUUCUCCCUCCAUGAUGUCAGAUCGUCACCAGAACUUGAAGGCUGCACGCACCACACCUGUAGGCGUCUUUGAAGCUAGUGGUGACUGCUGUGGGGUCUGUGUGUGCUGA